AAAAUGUGGUUACUAUUAACAGUGGCAAGUUUGAUAUCUGCACUUGGAACAACUCAUGGUUUCUUUGGACAUCUUAAUCCUGAAAGCCCUGAAGCGACUAUGAAUGUUAGUCAGAUGAUUUCUUACUGGGGAUACCCAAGUGAAGAAUAUGAAGUCGUGACUAAAGACGGUUAUAUUCUUGAGAUCUACAGAAUUCCUUAUGGGAAGAAAAAUGCAGAGUAUAGAGGCCAGAGACCUGUUGUGUUUUUGCAACAUGGUUUGCUUGCAUCAGCCACUAACUGGAUUGCCAACCUGCCUAACAACAGUCUGGGCUUCCUUCUGGCUGAUGCUGGUUAUGAUGUGUGGCUGGGGAACAGCAGAGGAAACACCUGGGCCAGGAGAAAUAUAUACUAUUCGACAGACUCAGCUGAAUUCUGGGCUUUCAGCUUUGAUGAAAUGGCUAAAUAUGACAUUCCAGCCACACUUGACUUUAUUUUAAAGAAAACUGGACAGGAAAAGCUACACUAUGUGGGCCAUUCCCAGGGCACCACCAUUGGUUUUAUUGCCUUUUCUACUAAUCCCAACCUGGCUAAAAGAAUCAAAGCCUUUUAUGCAUUAGCUCCCGUUGCUACUGUGAAGUACAGUGAAAGCCCGUUAAGAAAACUUUCAAUUAUUCCAUCAUUCCUCUUCAAGAUUAUCUUUGGUGACAAAGCAUUCUACCCACACCGCUAUUUUUAUGAUGUUCUGGCCACAGACCUGUGUUCCCAAGACAUACUAGAGGCCCUCUGCAGUAAUGCUUUGUUUCUCAUUUGUGGAUUCGACCAUAAGAACUUGAACACGAGUCGCUUAGAUGUGUAUCUGUCACAUAAUCCAGCGGGGACUUCUGUUCAAAACAUGCUCCACUGGAGCCAGGCUGCUAAGUCUGGAAAAUUUCAAGCUUUUAACUGGAGAAACCCAGUACAGAACAUCAUGCACUAUCACCAGCCCACACCUCCCGAGUACCAUUUGACAAACAUGAAUGUGCCAAUUGCAGUGUGGACCGGCGGCAACGACUGGUUGACUGUCCCUCAUGAUGUUGACCUUUUGCUUUCCAAACUCCCUAAUGUCAUUUACCACAAGAAGAUUCCUAUUUACAAUCACUUGGAUUUUAUCUGGGCAAUGGAUGCCCCUCGAGAAGUCUACAAUGAAAUUAUUUCUAUGAUGGGAAAAGAUAAAAAUUAG